GAAUCAUUUCGAUAUGCCCGAGACAGCUCUCGCUUGCUGCCGGAUCUGCUGGGCUCCUUGACCUGGCUCCCUGCUUCAACGGCGUCGGCGAGCCGUCCUCCUCCCAUCCGGAAGGCUGCAUGAAGCAUUCCUGAAGGUCUCCAAUUUUCCAGUUACAUGUGAUGCGACUAUAAAUGGAGAGUGGAACCAGUGAAGACAAUCUCUUGGAGUUGGAGCUCAUUGUAAACAAUCCACGAGCAGAGCCGAGAAAACUGUCACUACGACUUCUAGAAGACAUCACGAAUAAUUUCUGUGAAAAAGAGAUUAUUGGAAGGGGUGGGUUUGCAGCUGUUUACAGGGGGUGACUUAAGAGUGGGACGACAGUGGCUGUUAAAAGACUGUUCGAAACGUUUGAGGCGAGGGAUAAGGAGAAAUUCCUGCAAGAAGUUGAUGCUCUGAUGGCAGUGAAGCAUAAAAAUAUAGUGCGAUUCCUGGGAUACUGUUAUGUCGAAGAAAUGGAAUAUAUCGACUUUCAGGGUCGUAAAGUCAUGGCUGCGGCACCACAAAGAUUUCUCUGCUUCGAGUGUCUGCCGAAAGGGAGUUUUUACCCGUAUAUCACUGAUGCACGUCGGGGACUCGAAUGGAAGACGCGCUACCGAAUAAUAAAGGGGAUCUGUGAGGGUUUACAUUACCUUCACAGUGAACAAAUUGUUCAUCUAGAUCUCAAACCUGCAAAUAUACUAUUGGAUGACCAUAUGGAACCAAAAAUAGCUGAUUUUGGUCUCUCGAGGUGCUUUGAGGAAAAACAAAGCAAAAUUAUAACUUUAAAAGCUUGUGGAACACCGGGAUACAUGGCACCAGAAUGCUUUACCGGAGUAAUCACAUUCAAGUUAGACAUAUAUAGUCUUGGUGUCAUAAUCUUGGAGAUGUUAACAGGGGAGAAGCCUGAGGUUGAGAAAGGGCAGAAGGGGCAUCCUGAGGUUAAGGAUGUACUUGAAAGUUGGAAAAGUAGGUACAAAAUGUCACAAGGUGACAAUUGGUUGGAACAUGCUGUAAGAGUGUGCACUGAGAUAGCCAUUAAGUGCAUUGACCCUAACCCAGAAAAGAGACCAGAGAUACAUCAUAUAAUUGAGACCCUUGUUAAAACUGAAAGCACAUAUGGUUUUAUCGAGGAUGUCACCCCUAUCUCACUGAACCCCAGGGAGCCAGAAGCUGAAGAGAAGCCACAAAAAUCACUUAAUGUGAAGCAGCAGGCUUUGCUGCAAACUGAAAGGCAAGCAACAGAAGCUGCAAAACGAGAACAUGCUGAAUCUGAACGGAGAAAUGAAGAACUAACUAAAAUUGAGCAACUUCAGGAGACUGUCCAGAGGCUGGUGGAGAAAAUGACCAACAAGGAGUCUGAGAACCAUGUGCUCCGCCAACAGGCUCUUGCAAUUUCUCCUGCGGCAAAAUCAUUAGCUGCAUAUCCAAAGUCUCCUUUCCAGCUGAAAACUCCGGAGAAUGGGAAUUCUCUAAAUGGAGAAGUGAAAUCAUCACCAGAGCUUGAAGCUGAAGAGAAGCCACAAAAGUCACUUGACGAGAAGCAGCAGGAAAAUCAAGACCUCCUGACCACGAGUGAACUUUUAAAGAAACUGUCAGAAGAUCUGGGAUUCUCCAUUGGUAAACCUAUUGCAGCUUGCCCUAUCUACUGGUGUAACAUCCUAGAUUUUUUUUGGACUGUUAUUAUUGUUGUGAAAAAUAUGGCUUUCAAAAAAAUUUCGUGUGUGCAAUUAGCUAAGAUAACUAUAAGAUUGUGUUCUAUGACCCUUUCUAAUUCUUAGUAAUUUAAAAUUUAAAAUUGACCGCUAGGAUUAUUUAAAUAUAAGUGUGAUUUUAUUUGGAAUUUAUUGGACUUAUUCGGAUUUAUUUGGAUAAUUUGAAAUUAAUUGUGUUUGAAUUGAGUGGAUUUUAAAUUUGAAUUGUGCCAUUUGAAUUUAAAAUCAAUUGAAAUCUAAAAUCAAGACCCUAAACUAACUAUCAUACCUGACCCGCUAACUAAUCCGGCCCCCUAAAUAGCCUAAUACCUACUCGACCGUAACCCGGAUCCAGCCCAAUCCCAUAGCUCGGCCUAAACCCAACCCAAACCCACACACACAACCCAGCCGGCCCAGCUCGGCCUAGCCGCAUACCAAUGGCCAAGCUCGGCCUUCCAACCUCGUACGUAGCCAACACCAACCGCGCG